UUGGUAACACCAUGUUCAUUCUGCCUGCAAUCUCCUGUAAGGAAGGGAAUGAAGUCUGCGGAACUUCAUCGUCAGUCAGCCUGUGAGAGGCCUCCAAACUUCCACGCGUUUAAGUUGGGAGCCUCUCCUCCUCUUUUAUCCUGUCCUGUUCGCUUUUUAAAGAAUCCAAUCUUGCCUAGGAUGCAAAAGACCUAGCAACCUGCAGAUAGAUUAGCAGUAGCCAAUCCAGUACUGUAUGGCGAAUGUCACAUCCAUUGCCCACUCCUUUGCCCUCCUCGUCUCGUCGUCCUCGCGCCACAAUGGCAAUCCUCUGCAUGCCAAAUCGUUACUGCCAUCCUCAGUCCCGGCGUUCUUCUUCCAUGGCAGAUCGUCUAAUGGAGGCACCAUAGCUAGGCGCAUUUGCUUCAAUAGUAGUUUAAAGGACUCUUUGCCUUCGACAUUUUUGCCUGCGAGUGCGAGGGACGAGGAAGAGGAAGAGGAAGAGGAAGGGAAUGGUUGUGGUGGUGAAGAAACAAGGCUGUAUAGUGUAGCGCCCCUGCCUUUCCUCUUCAUGGCUGCACUGCCGGGAGCUGCAGCAGUGAGGUCUGCAUUUGGACCCUUCGUGGAACUUGUGAAGACAUUGAACCUCCCCGAUUGGCUCGUGCAUUGGGGCCAUCCUGGAAAUAUGGCUGUGGUGUUAUUUGCCAUGGGAGGAUAUGGAACAUAUCUAGGCUUCAGAAUACGAUUUUCAGACGAUGUGGAAGAGAAAGCAAAAGCGAAGGAUUUGCACCCCAAACUCCUUGGAGGAAUGUUCUUUUUCUUUGCCCUUGGAGCUACUGGUGGUAUAACUUCCCUCCUGACUUCAGACAGACCCAUCCUGGAAAGUCCACAUGCUAUUACAGGGUUCUUUGGAUUGGCUCUACUGACCAUCCAGACAAUUUUGCCUGCCUUGUUUGAGGAGAAUCCAUCCUUACGAAAUGCACACUCGAUCUUGGGCAGCAGCAUCAUGGCUCUAUUUCUAGUGCAUGCAUUCCUAGGUCUUCAGUUGGGCCUGAGUUAUUGACGUUGUCUAGUGCUACAUGAGCGUGAAAUGCGCAAGGGAGGGACUCCAUCCGAUGGUGACCGUCUCCCGCAACAAAAUUGUUCUUACAACUGCCAUAAGUUACACUCCAUUCAUGGCGAUUUACAGUAGGGGAGAAGCACAGUGACAAAAAUCCAUUGUCAGAAGAAAAUAUGUUGGAGAAUGAUCAUGUUCAAAUGUACCUGAACUACGUAGUUUUGAAAGGUCAUUCUGAUAUUCAGGUUUAGUUGAACUGCUUUGUUUAUGUGCUAUGGAAACAUCAAUAAAGGAACAGCUAAAUUUUCAGACA